AUGGACGUAUGUCGGCCCUCGUGUCACGCGUCUUGCACACGCUCUUGUAAUUUACAAGAUUAUUCCUCGGACUACUGUAACGCAGCUUGCCAAAACGCGUGUCAAAAAACUUGUGCACAAACGGUUUUAUCACUGAUUGGCUCCAAUGCAACAGAAGGUUUACAGAGGAAAGAAGAGAACAAUUUGCAGCCCGUUUGUGAGCAGAACUGUCGCAGUCGGUGUCAGAAAAGAUGUGCUGUCCUUGGUAUACCAUAUUCGCAAUGCGAAAUAACAUGCGAGAAUACUUGUCGAUUUGCAUGCGCGCAACCGGCGUACGAUAACAGUAACGGCAAUUACGACCAGCAACUUUUGCCACAAGUCGUUUCUCAGGGUAUGGCUCAGCAAAAUGCGCUUGUCCAUAAUUGCAGGAGCGAUUGCACUACAGCUUGCGUUAACCAUUGUUCACCAAUUCUGUCAAUUACAAUUUGCUUGCCAAAGUGUGCUCAGUCUUGUAAGGGUAGCUGUGAAAGCAAUAAUGCUGUCCAAUUUCAGCCAACAGUCUCUGCAACAUCAGCAGUCAACCAGUGCACAGCUUCGUGUAACAGUAUUUGCCAGAAUCCUUGUACGACUAUGAAAAUGUCGACUGUUGUCUGUGUUACAGUUUGUAUUAAUCCAUGUAUUCAGAGGUGUCAAACACCAAGUGAAACUUCUGCAGGAGUAAUUCCAUCAGCCUUCGAGCCUACUUUAAUGGCACCGACUACCACACCCGCACCGGUAUGUAUCGCUCCUUGUCAGCCGUUGUGCGAAUUAAAAUGCAUAUUAUGCUUUCCGAGUUGUGCUGAAAACUGCGUACAGAACUGCCAGGGAAACGCUCCUUGUUGGAGAAGAUGUGAAAUCUUGUGUUUAGUGCGGUGUUCUAACAUUCCUUUCACUGGACCACCAACUUCUUCACCAUCACUGCCCGCAACAACUGUAGCGACAGCAGCAGCAGCGACCGGUUCAAACUUGCCUAUCACCACUAUAACACCACCCACUUAUUCACAACCUACCACUACUACUACUACUACCACGACUACAACAACUACAACUAUGACAACUACCACAACCACUACUGUCACUGUUCCCAUCACUUCCAUAAAUUACGAUCACUCUACAACACCUAAACCUGCUGUAAAAGUUAGUCAGCCUCCAGCAGUAUUAUGCCAUAAAGUUUGCUUUACAGGAUGCACAGACCAGUGUAGACGCCUUUAUGGUGACACUGUAGACUGUGAUGACUUCUGUAGAACACAAUGUGAUAACGUUUGUCAACAGAAACUCUACCCUCUAGUUACGCCUGUUUAUACCUAUCCUACGACAUAUAUUCCAAUUUAUUUAUAUCCUUUCUGUACCAGGGACUGCAUGAUUUUAUGUGGCGCACACUGCACCGAUAUAUCACCGGCACAGUGUGCAGCCAGCUGUAAACCGCAAUGCGAUACCCUUUGUAACAAACCAACGGAGUACGUUCCCGCAGCGACGUUGGGAAGUGCAGAUACAUAUUCCUCUUCGACCGCUGAGAUUUCAUCAAAUUAUUUUGUUCCGGCGCAGUUAGUUGCGCAACCAGUGCCGUCAAUUUCAAUGCCGACAAACGUAGUUCCGCUAGCAGCAACACAAACUGCUUAUUGUCCCGUUCAGUGCCAACCGCUUUGUACCCCAUUUUGUAUCCAACAACAAGCUGUCUAUCAGCCAACUUUUUUCAGCAGUCUUCCGGUAGCUGCUGUACACAGGCGCCCUAGCAAAUGCCAGCAGCUGUGUGAGGGAGUAUGUGUCAAGCGAUGUACAAGUGCUAAUCAACUGUUUGUUGAUUGCCAACGUUCCUGUCAGGCAACAUGUGCAGUUGCUUGUGUUCGAGAAAAUGCUCCGGUUUUCCAACCAUGUCAUUCAACUUGCUUGCCAACUUGUGAACUCGAUUGCGCACAUCAGCGCCGGCCGUUAAACCAGUGUAAACAAAAGUGCCACGAUGCUUGCCUCUCCGAGUGUAACAUUCCAUCUUUAAGCUACACUGCCAAAAAAACUAGAUAA